UUCAUGAUUCUGUCUUUCUCCUUACACCAUGCUUUGGAUCUGGUACCUUUUCACAAUGACCUCUGCUCAGAGUCAUUUCUUGAAGUUGGUUCUGUAGUGGACAUAUGUGUGCAUGUGUUGUCAGUAUGUGUAAUUUUGCUUUUACAAUGUUGGCAGUAAGAAGAAGCCUACUAAUUUUAUUCAGAAUGAUGAUAGGCUCUAGCAUUUUAAUUAUUUUUCAUGUUGUGAGUAAUUUAUUAUUCAUUGGGUAUCUUCCCUGUAAAUCUUGUCCUCACUCUGUAAGAUUUUUCUUUGGUGUCCAACAAAGGGUUUCAUUGCAAUAAGAAUCAAGGUGUGUCCAUGUUCUUACCCAGAGCCCAAACAAUGCCAGCCUUCCAGACCAGCCCAGGAGUUUGGGGUGGGGAAACAGAGUGAUUAUAGAACAUCUUCAUUCCUCUGCCCAGAGAGCACCAGAGCUAUCGCCCAUGCCUUCCUAAAAGGGCAUCUCGAAGCACAUCUUGCUGCAGAACCAAAUUCAGGACCCAGAGGACCAGGACUAAAAUCAAAUCUCACUGGGGCUCGUGUGCAAGAGAAACCCAAAGGAAUGGAUUGGCUCCUUUUCAGGAACAUUUGCCUUUCAAUCAUUUUAAUGGUGGUGCUGGAAGUUAACAGUGAAUUUAUUGUUGAGGUGAAAGAAUUAGACAUUGAAAAUGGCACUACAACAUGGCAAACUGUCAGAAGACAAAAGCGGGAGUGGAUCAAGUUCGCUGCAGCCUGUCGAGAAGGAGAGGACAACUCCAAGAGGAAUCCGAUUGCCAAAAUUCGAUCAGACUGUGAAGUGAACCAGAAGAUUACAUACCGAAUCUCUGGGGCAGGAAUUGAUCGACCGCCUUACGGAGUGUUCACCAUCAACCCUCGGACUGGGGAAAUUAACAUCACCUCAGUGGUAGAUAGAGAGAUAACGCCACUCUUCUUGAUCUAUUGCCGGGCCCUGAAUUCACGGGGUGAAGAUUUAGAAAGGCCUCUUGAGCUUAGAGUCAAAGUUAUGGACAUAAAUGAUAACCCUCCAGUCUUUACACAAAACGUGUACACAGCCAGCAUUGAAGAAAACAGCGAUGCAAACACACUGGUAGUAAAGUUAAGUGCUACAGAUGCAGAUGAAGACAAUAAUCUGAAUUCUAAAAUUGCCUAUAAGAUCAUCUCUCAGGAGCCAGCAGGUACACCCAUGUUCAUCCUGAACAGGCACACAGGAGAAGUCUGCACGAUGUCCAGUUUCCUGGACAGAGAGCAACACAGUAUGUACACCCUCGUUGUGAGGGGCUCAGAUCGGGAUGGAGCUACAGAUGGACUGUCCUCUGAGUGCGACUGUAGAAUCAAGGUUUUAGAUGUGAACGAUAAUUUCCCCACCUUGGAGAAAACUUCCUACUCAGCAAGUAUUGAAGAGAAUUGUUUAAGUUCAGAACUGAUACGAUUACAAGCAAUUGAUCUUGAUGAAGAAGGCACAGAUAAUUGGUUGGCCAAAUAUUUAAUUCUCUCCGGAAAUGAUGGGAAUUGGUUUGAAAUUCAAACGGACCCACGAACCAAUGAAGGCAUUUUGAAAGUCGUCAAGAUGCUGGAUUAUGAACAAGUGCCUAAUAUUCAGCUUAGCAUUGGAGUUCAAAAUGUAGCUGAAUUUCACCACUCAGUUGCCUCUCAAUUCAGAAUGCACUCAACCCCUGUGAGAAUUCAGGUUGUUAAUGUGAGAGAAGGACCCACAUUUCACCCAAAUUCUAUGACUUUCAGUGUUCGACAAGGAAUAAGAGGAGAUUCUUUAAUGAAUUAUGUGCUUGGCACAUAUACGGCUGUAGAUUUGGACACAGGAAAUCCUGCAACAAAUGUCAGGUAUAUCAUAGGACAUGAUGCAGGCAGCUGGUUAAAAGUUGAUUCUAGGACUGGUGAGAUACAGUUUUCUAGGGAAUUUGAUACGAACUCAAAAUAUAUUAUCAACGGGAUAUACACAGCAGAGAUCUUGGCUAUAGAUGAUGGCUCUGGGAAAACAGCUACAGGAACCAUAUGUAUCGAAGUUCCUGAUGUCAAUGACUAUUGUCCAGUCAUUUCUGCUGAAAGUGACACCAUCUGCAUUGCCUCUCCGUCAAUCCUUAUCUCUGUUGAUGAACAUUCUUAUGGGUCUCCCUUUAUCUUCUGUGUUGAUGAUCAGCCACCAGGCACAGCUAACUUAUGGGAUAUCAGAUCGAUAAGUGCUACGUCUGCGAUCUUGACAGCUGCACAGAAUUUAUCUCACAAAAUUUACGAAAUCCCAAUCCUAGUGAAGGACAGCUAUAACAGAGAGUGCGAAUUGGCACAAAUAGUGACUUUACAGGCCUGCGAUUGUGACAACAACCACAUAUGCUUGUACGCCACUACCACAGGCAUCUACACCGGGCACGACAGCUCAGUUACUGGUGACAUAGAUGGGCUCGUCACUGAUGACCGAACUGGGGGUUCAAAUGUUGGUCUCGGACAGACAGGAAUUGGCAUGAUGGUGCUGGGCCUCUUACUGCUGCUUCUGUCACCACUCUUGCUGCUCAUAUGUUGCUGCAAACGAAGGCAGCCAGAAGGCCUGGGGACAAGGUUUGCUCCUGUGCCAGAGGGGGGAGAAGGAGCGAUGCGGUCUUGGAGAGUAGAAGGGGCCCGUCCCGAGGACAGGGAUGUAUCAAAUGUAUGUGUACCAAUGACGGCCUCUAACACCCAGGAUCGUAUGGAUUCCUCUGAAAUCUACACUAACACCUACGCGGGCGGAGGAACUGUUGAAGGGGGUGUAUCAGGAGUGGAACUCAAUACGGGUCUCGGGACAGCCACCGGCCUGGUGGCCGGAGGAGCAGCGGGAGCAGCCAGGAAGAGGAGUUCAACACCAGGGACACAGAGGGAAUAUGCAGACACCGGCCUGAACGUGGCCUUCUUGGACAGCUAUUUCUCUGAGAAAGCAUACGUUUAUGCAGAUGAAGAUGAAGGUCGACCAGCAAAUGACUGCUUGCUCAUUUAUGACCACGAGGGAGCAGGGUCCCCUGUGGGCUCCAUUGGUUGCUGCAGUUGGAUUGUGGAUGAUUUAGAUGAAAGCGACAUGGAAACUUUAGACCCAAAAUUUAGGACUCUUGCUGAAAUCUGCUUAAACACAGAAAUAGAACCAUUUCCUUCACAGCAGGCCUGUAUCCCUAUCAGUACUGACCUCCCUUUACUUGGACCUAAUUAUUUUGUCAAUGAAUCUUCAGGGAUGACUCUCUCAGAGGCUGAAUUCCAGGCAGAAAUGGCAGUACCUGAACCAGUGGUUCACGGGGAUAUUGUAGUGACUGAGACUUACACUACUGCUGAUCAGUGUGUGCAACCCACUACAAUUGUUUUUGAUCCUCAGCUCGCACCCAAUGUUGUAGUAACCGAAACAGUAAUGGCACCUAUCUAUGAUGUUCAAGGGAAUAUUUGUGUCCCUGCUGAGUUAGCCAACACACACAAUGUCAUCUAUGCUGAGAGAGUGCAGUCUAGUCCUGGUAGGCGGGACGUGAGCAAUAGUAGCAUGACUGAUGGCUGUGUGGGACCUAUGAUGAGUGGCAGUAUUUUGUUAGGGCCAGAAAUUCAAGUGACACAAAUGGUGAGUCCAGACAUUCACAUAAGCCAAACCAUUGGUUCCACAUCUCCAAUGACAUCUCGACACAGAGUAACACGAUAUAGUAACAUACAUUACACCCAACAGUAAGUGCGUGCUUUACGGUCAGUAUUCUACACAGAGAACUUGCACCUUGUAAUCACCAACAUAUCCAUCAAAGAUGUAUCAUGGACUAUAUUUAACAUUUUAACAGUCAACAAAUAUUCUAAGUUCAAUGCCACUCUUUGAUUCUAUCUUUUGGGGGGUAAAUAUAGCUAAGCACUUUAGAUAAGCCUUUUUUAAUUCUUUCUGAUUUUAAAUAAUGCACAAAAAAACUUGAAUAAAAUGUGUUACAUCCUUUGAUACUUUCUAAUAGCACUUAACUCCUAAGGUGAAUCUUAGAGGCCUUCAGGCCUAUAGAACGGGUCACACAAACCAAGAUACCCUUGCUCUUGGAGGCUGCAAAAGAAGUCUUAUCUGUAUUCACCAGUCAUAUUUAUCUUUAGGGAAAUAUUUCUAUUAAAAUUUUUAAUUGAAAAAGUGAAUUAAAUGUACAUUUAUGAAAGGAAAUUGAAAAGGAAGAUGGAGCAUCUAUCAGAGAUCUGAAGUCAUUGGUCUCUUCAAACAGUUUCUCAAGAUAUCCAAUAUUUAGAGCAUGCUUAAUAUAAUACCAGGAAAGAGGCUGCGAGCUGAAUGCGUCACCGAAAAAGGUUCAUCAGAAGGAAUUAUAUAUAUAUGUAUAGAUAUGCAUAUAUAUGCAUAUACAUAAAUCAAUAUGGAUGGAUUUUAUUGCACUUUAUUGAUUUAUAUCAUUAACUGUAAAUUAAUUUAGAAUAGCAAAAAAAAUUAUGACAUUACAGUACAAACAGUUCUUAGGGAAGUAUUAGAGUUUUCCCCCCUUACAGAGAAUUUUUUUCCUAAUCUUGCUAAUUAUGCCAGAAAACCAUAUGAAAUAUGGUUUAAUCAGUUUCAUUGACCUGAGUCACAGAGUUUUCUUUUGGCAACCAGAUUUUCUCCAAAAGCACCUCUGUAAUUACGCAUAUAUUCAACAAUUUUACUUAGAAGCUACUAUGUGUUGAGCGCUGGUCUUGGUUCUAUGAAUAUAUAGGUAAAAAAGACAGACAUGAUUUCUGUCUUCAUAGAACUUCUAAUUCAUUUCUAGACUUAAAAUAAAACUCUGGGGAUAUAGCCUUGAGUUCUUAUCCAGAAUAAUUCACAAAAUAUUUAAGUCCAUUACCAAGUUGCAUUUUUCUUUUGAACCCUGUUACUUACGUUGAAUGACUGAAAUGGAAAUACAGGCAGAGGUUGCUUAUUUUUAGUAGGCAUAAAACUGGCUUGAGAAAAAGAAAUUCUAGUGAGAUAGUUUUAUUUAAUUCUGUAAAAUAUGUAAACUAUGCAGCAGUAACUAUAAUGUGACUAGUGAGAUAAUGUAAAUGAAAUAAACUUAUUUUCAGGGUUUAUUCCUUUUGGAAGGAAAUAAUUGUAGUGUUUCUUGCUUAAUUUUGUUCCUUUAUAAAUAAAACUCUUGUGGAAUUUAGGGCAUCUUUCGCCCAAUUCUUUUAUUUUACAGAAAAGGAAUUUAGAACUAGAGAGGUUAAAUGACCACAACCAGGUAGUUGUGGUACAAAACCUUGAACUCAUUGCUCCAGUACUCUGGCCAGUGUGCUUUUCAAUACCGUAACUUCAAUAUACAUGGAGAGUAUCCAAUUUGGCCCGUUGCAUGAUCUUUGUUAUUUCCUAAUUGGAAAAAAAGCAUCUCUCAAAAAAACAAAAUAGGUUUUGUGAAGUUUAAGUGCCAAAUGGCUGAAACACCAUAAUGCCAAAAGGUUAUUUAUGUUUUCUAAUCUUUUCCAAAUUAUAUGAAAUGCCAGUCAUUACAGUCAUUCCUUACUUUAGUUGUUCACAACCAAGGUUUCGCUCCAUUUCAUUACUCUGUAAUUUUGCUGAAAUCCAUAAGAUAGCCAAGGAGCAUUGGUGCUAUGGUCAUGUUAACAUUCAAUCAACAACCAGCCAUGUAACAUCUUGUAUGGAUUUGAUCCUGUUACAUAUCUUGCUGUGGAUAUUUCUUGAAAUUUGCAUUCUAUUAAGCCAAUAAUUCUAAGAAUUAUGAAACAGUGAAUAAUUAAAUAUAAGGUGCUAAUGGGAUUAAAACUGAAAAUACUAUGAGAUCUGAGAAAUGAAGAAUAAAACAGUACCAAGCAUUUAACUGAUUAAAAUUUUAAAAAGAGAUAAAACUACUUGUGAGAAGACUAAGAACAUUUUUCUGUUAAUCUUUUCUUCUCUCUCUCUAUCAGUAUGCAAAGAUUUAAGGGUGCUUCCAGAAGAGGAAAUCUACCUCUGGUGGAUGGCUUCCUCCACAUUAUCCAUGGAAACAAGACCAGAACCAUUUCAUUAUCUCUCUCAACAUUAUCAGUGAGGAGGAGCUCCUCCAUCAUUCCAAGAUGAUCAGUAUCACUCGCAUAUGACUCAAGCCUCUGAAACUGGUGCAUUUUAAAAACAUUAUCUCAAACAAAUUAGAAAGCACUUCACUGCUUAAGAGUUAGAGUAUUGCUUUAUCUAGGAGAUAAAGAUGAUGCAGCACUUAUGUUAGGGUUUGAAAAGGAACCUAGAAGCCCAGGAAAUGAGAUUUAGUAAAUAAACAUAAUAGCGUAUAGUUUGAGUCUUAUCUUCUGCCCCAUGGAAUUACUUGAAAGGAUAGCAUUAUUAAAUGAAUAAAUGAGUUCUCUUAGAGAAGUCUUAUCAGGUGAAGGGAAAGGAUGACAUUAAGAAGACAGAGUAUUUAUAAACUUGUUUCAGAAAAAAGCUAUUUUUUAAAAAACUCCCUCUUUUGGAUUAGAUAUUUCUGAUUACAAUGUAUUACUGAAUGUAAUAAUGUUUUAUAUAUUUCUGCAAUAAAAAAUAUGUGAUAAGACAGAAAA